AGUCAGUUGUUGUCAGUUGCUUUUGUUUAGAUUUAUGAUCAAGCAUUCAUUGUCAGUCUUGAGUUAGAUUGUUUAUGUGAAGUGAUUGUUAUUUUAAUGAAAGUAGAUAAAGUGUUGUUUAUUAUAACUUUAGCUAAUUCUAUUGAAGUUAUUCAAAAAAUUUAUCAUGGGAGAUGACACAAGGGAAAUAAGAGAUGAUGAUGACAUUUUAGCAACAUUAAAUUUAGCAAAAUUAAAUCAAUCUCAAGUAAAGAAAAUUUGUCAAGUCUUGGAAUACCAGCAUGGUGCUAGUGACAUUAAAUUGCUAGAAUUAGAUGAUCACAUGCUAGAAACUCUUGAGCAAGGAAAAACUUUAUUUUUCAAAGGAGAAAAAAACGAUGCUGUACUUUUGUGUACUGACACUCGUACGUAUAAAAUUGAAGAAGCUGAAACAUCGAAUUCUUUGUUACUAUGUCCAAAUUUAAAGUUUGUAAAAGAUGUUCCGAAGUCUGAUGGAGACAAGAUAGAAAUAGAAAAAAUUCCUACGCGAGGGAUUUUUCACAAAUAUUUUGAGAGUUCAAUUUGUAAACCAGAAAUCAACAAAUUAAUUUAUUUAUUGGAGCCUUCGUCUUUCAAGGGACCAGAAUAUGAAAAGUACAUUGAAAAAGAAACCCUAUAUGAUUGGGAUAGACUUUUCAGCAGUAUCCAAGCGAGUGAAAAAGAAUUGAAGCAUGCAAUAACUCAAUUUUCUAUUCCAAUACUUGAUGGCUACUAUAGAUUAAUUUCAUUCGAAUUUGAAAGCAAAGCCUUGACACUGAUGCUAGAUUUUAUGGAAGAAAAUUCUUGGAAAAUAAAUUCAGUAAAUAAAGAAGAAACUUAUGAGGCUUUGCAAGAUUUAAUACCAAGACCAAUAUUUGAUACUAUUUUUCAUAAAUAUGCUGUGAAAAAUAGUGACGAUGAUUUGUAUACUUAUGAUGAGAAAAAUGUGUGCAGACGUUUGGCUGAAGUUUUACUGUCUAGCUCACCUGUUAAUGACUACGAUCGUUUUAUGGAAGCUUGGAAAUUGGCAACUCCUGAUAGUAUUAAUCCGAAAUUAGAACACUUAUAUGGUACAGCAGUUAUUGUGUGGAAUGCUGAAAAACAGAGAAAAGAUAUUGUAUCGUUUCCUGAAUCAAAACUUUCGAGCGACGUAGUAAAACGAUUUAAUGAGUUAUUUGAAGUUAAAAAUAAAUGGACUGCUGAAGAAAUCAAGCCUUAUUUAUUAAAUAUGUCAUCUGCCAACCUCAGCGUUGACUUCUUACUGACUAAGCACACUCGAUCAUCAAUGGUCAAAGGAAUUAAAUAUUAUAGUUCAAAAUAUAAAUAAGUAAAUAUAAAUAAAAAUUUUGUAUAUUUAUA